UCGAACUCUGUUGAUCGUGCAAUGCCCGUAUAAGGAAGCAGUUGAAGUUCGAGGAAGUCGAGGAGCCUAAAGCUGCCGAGGAUGGCACCGGAUGUAACGCAUCAAAGAGGGAGAUCAAAUAGGAGAAAGAGGAAGAGAGCAAGGAGGAGGAGGAAGAAGAGAGCGUGGAUGAGGAUGAAGAGAGCAAAGAAGAGGAAGAAAGCAAUGGCUUGUUCAUCGUGCAAUGCCCGUAUGAGGAAGCAGCUGAAGUUCAGGUUCGAGGAAGUCAAGGAGCCUAUAGCUGCCGAGGAUGGCGGCGGAUGUCGCGCAUCAAAGAAGAGGAAAAAGAGGAAGAGAGCAAGGAGGAGGACGAAGAGAGUAUGGAUGAGGAUGAAGAGAGCAAGGAAGAGGAAGAAAGCAAAUAUCUGUCCAUCGAACUCUGUUCAUCGUGCAAUGAAGGAAGCAGUUGAAGCUCAGGUUCGAGGAAGUCAAGGAGCCUAUAGCUGUCGAGGAUGGCGUCGGAUGUCGCGCAUAAAAGAAGAUCAAAGAGGAGAAAGAGGAAGAGAGCAAGGAGGAUGACGAAGAGAGCAUGGAUGAGG